AUGUUGCGUCUUACAGUGAGGCACGGCUUGAGAUUCAGCUCCCAGCUUGCUGCCAACAGAAGUUCGGAGUCCUCCUCAUACAUUCAGCAGCUGGAGUCGGAAUGGGAAACCGCAAAACCCUUUGGGGAACUUCCCGGACCGACACGGUGGCAAUUAUUCCGCGGUUUUCAAAAGGGAGGGCAGUACCAUCAAAUGGGAAUGGAUGAUGUUAUACGUUCGUACAAAAAGGAGUUCGGUGACAUAUGUUUGAUUCCCGGAUUAUUUGGCAUGCCCUCCACUGUGUUCACAUUCAAUGAGGAAACCUUUGAGAGAGUUUAUCGCACCGAAGGUCAAUGGCCAGUCAGAGGGGGUUCCGAACCCGUCCUCCACUACCGCAAUAAUAGGAAGGAUGAGUUCUUUAAGGACUGUGUGGGAUUGUUUAACAAUGGGCCUCAGUGGGGUAAACUAAGGAGUGCAGUGAAUCCAGUCUUGAUGCAGCAUCGUAAUGUGGCAGUCUAUCUGAAACCAAUGCAGCGGGUGAAUCGGCAGUUUGUGAACCGCAUCCGAGAACUUCGCAACGAGGAAUCAGGUGAAGUUCCCGGUGACUUUUUAAGCACCAUCAACCAGCUUACAUUCGAAUCGGUUGCAACUGUGGCCCUUGAUAAGGAAUUGGGACUUCUCCAGGUGGCCAAUCAGCCACCCGAGGCCAAGAAACUCUUCCGCAAUAUUGAAGUCCUAAUGGAUUCGUUUUUCCUUCUCGGUGUUAAACCCUCGAUAUACAAGUACAUUUCCACGCCCACUUAUAGGAAAUUCAGUCAGGCCAUGGAUGAAAUCUUCGACACCUGUUCGAUGUACGUAAAUGAGGCGAUAGAAAGGAUCGACAAGAAAUCGUUUGAAAGGAACUCAGAGGAUCAUAAGAGUGUUCUGGAGCAAUUGCUGCAAAUCGAUAGAAAGUUCGCCACUGUCUUGGCCAUGGAUAUGCUAAUGGGAGGAGUAGAUACAACCAGCACGGCUAUAGUGGGAUUACUACUGAACCUGGCCAAAAAUCCUGAAAAACAGCAAAAACUCCGGGAGGAAGUUUUAAGCAAACUGCCGUCGACAGAUAAAGAUUUUACUUUGGAGAAUAUGAAAUCUCUUCCAUAUCUAAGGGCAUUCAUCAAGGAAUCGCUGCGGUUAUAUCCAGUCACCUUCGGAAAUGCCCGGUCCGCUGGGACAGACGUUGUACUAGACGGUUAUCAAAUCCCUAAAGGCACUAAUCUACUCAUGAUCAACAGCUUUUUGCUAAAGGAUGAGAGAUUAUACCCUCGCGCAUCGGAAUUCAUUCCGGAACGUUGGUUGCGCCAGAAGGGUUUGGACGAAGAAAAUUCAGAUAUCCUGUUGAACAAGAACUCAAAUCCCUUUAUUUACCUACCAUUCGGGUUUGGACCUCGUAUGUGCGUGGGCAAAAGGAUUGUGGAUCUGGAGCUUGAACUAACGUUGGCCAACUUGGUUCGCAACUUCCAGAUUGAAUUUAACUACUCGACACAGUACCCAUUUAAGUGCACAUUUGUGUACAAGCCUAAUAUUCCCCUUAAAUUCAAACUCACCGACAUAAAAUAUUAAAAUCUGCAAAAAUUGUGA